AGUUUUAAUGUAUAGUCACGUUUUAAUGCAGAUAUCGAACAUUAAAUGUGAAACAAAAUAAAACCAAAAUCCAUAGGGGCAUUAUCGUCAAUCAAUCACCUCACCCCACAAUUUGCCUGAUACGCGUAUCCAAUGAGGCCAUUAUUCCAUCGCCAUUACCGACCUCUCUCCUCCUUAAAACCUCCAUUUCCCCUUCGCCUCUUUCCCAUUUCAUCUUCCAAACCAAACCACAAAUUCCUCUCUCUCUCCUCAAAUUUCAUAUUUUCUCUUUCUUCAUUUGCAAUCGAAUUCUCUAAUAAUUUAAUUUUUACACAGAGAAAAAAAUGGCUCAGAGAACGGAGAAAGAAGAGACGGAGUUCAAGGCAGUACCUGAAACAAUAACGCUUUGCAUCAACAAUUGUGGAGUCACCGGAAAUCCAGCAACAAACAAUAUGUGUCAAAAGUGCUUCAACGCAACCACCGCUGCUACCUCAACUUCCUCCAGCUCACCGACGGGAUCCGCCGUGACUAUUCCCCAAAAAUUCGCCGAAAAAUUAACCAGAUCAGAAAAAUCUCCUAGAUUUAGCUCGUUGAGGUCAUCGUCGGACAGGAAGUCGUCCGAUCUGGAAAGGAUGAGUCAAGAUCUGAAGAAAGUAAAGCAAGAGGAUGAUCAGCUGAAGGACAGCUUACCGCCAGCUAAGAGAGAGGUGAACCGUUGCUCCGGUUGCAGGAGGAAGGUAGGAUUGACCGGAUUCCGAUGCCGAUGCGGCGAAUUGUUCUGCGGUGAACAUCGAUACUCCGAUCGUCAUGAUUGUAGCUAUGACUACAAAACCGCCGGUCGAGAAGCCAUCGCGAGGGAGAAUCCGGUCGUUAAAGCAGCAAAAAUCAUUAAAGUUUGAAAAGGAAAACACGAAAAUCGCAUCUUUUUUACCUUUAACUAUCAAAUUUCAAAUGAUGAGCGAUCGAGAGAGAUCGAAUUCCGAUCUCCAUAACUGCUGCUGCUGGCUAUUAUGCUUUUCGUCGUCGGAGAUGAGCACAACGAACGCAAAAAAAAAAAAAAAAUCAACCUAGAGAGAAAUUCGAAAAUAUAUAUUUUCAUCUAUAUAUUUAUAUAAUUCGAAGUGAAUUUGUUGUGUGAAAAAUCUCCCUCUUUGAAUUGUUAUUGAAGAAUUAAAUCCUUUUUAA